UGGGUCUCAGCUUCUUAUAUCACUUCACAGUUCACAGGCUACAAGCAGAGCAGACUGCAGAAGUGAGCUCAGCUCCAAAUCUUCAAAGCACCUAAAGCAACAAGUCAGUUAUAGCAACCCUUCAUACCUGGAAAUUUAAGGCUGGGGAUGGAGAAGAUAUUAGAAGAUAAAAUGGUGUGUAGAUAAUUAUCAGUACUCUUAGUAACUGGUCCUUGCAAUGUUUCCAUCAUGUGCUCGAGCUCUUUUGUCCCGAAAGAGUAACUAUCGCUACAGAGACUUGAACAGAAUUUUAAAUUUUCUGUCGAAUUAUAGCAGUAUUUCACCACCCUCCUACUAUUUAUGCAAAGCAUCCUUCAUCUCAUCUGCAAAUACGAGAUCUGUCCUGGAUACUUUUGAUAUAAAUGGUCAUCAGACGAAAAGCUGGGUUUUAAAUCAAUUUAAAUUGAUUCCAGAAUCAUGUAUUUUCCUGGCUCAAUGCAAGGCUGGAUUUUGUACUAGUCCAGAGAUUAAUGUGAAUCUUGAUUCGGAAGAAGCAUCUAGUGAUUCUGUUAGUAGUGCUUCUAGUUCUGAUCCCAAAGUAAAGUUAACAAGUAAUGAUUCCAUCGAGUUUAGUAAAGUUGAUGCAAAUAUGCUUCCAACUGUACUGCUUAUUGGUCGGCCAAAUGUUGGCAAAUCUGCUCUUUUCAAUCGUUUGAUCCGACGAAGAGAGGCUCUUGUUUACAAUACUCCUAAUGAUCAUGUUACUCGAGAUAUACGAGAAGGGAUUGCAAAACUGAGUGAUUUACGGUUUAGGGUAUUGGAUUCUGCUGGUUUAGAGGCAGAGGCUUCUUCUGGGUCUGUUCUUGGAAGAACAGCAGGAAUGACGGAGAAUGUGUUAAAGCGGUCUCAGCUUGCACUUUUCCUAAUAGAUGCAAGAGAUGGGUUGCAACCAAUGGACUUGGACGUUGGAAAAUGGCUGCGCAAGAAUGCACCUGAAUUGAAAACUAUCGUCUUAAUGAAUAAAGCGGAGUCACUGGAUGAUGGCCUUGGUUCUCUUGCUGCAGCUUCUGGCGAGGCCCUUAGGUUGGGAUUUGGAGAUCCAAUUGCCCUCUCUGCUGAGACUGGUCAGGGUAUGGUGGAACUCUAUGAAGCUCUUAGGCCAUUGCUUGUGGAUUAUAUGGUUCAACGUCUGAAAGACGGCAAUCAGGAAAUUAGCUCCUCCGAGGAUGAGGACUCAAAGACCCCAUUACAGCUGGCGAUUGUGGGGCGACCAAAUGUAGGAAAGUCAACCUUGUUGAAUACAUUACUUCAAGAGGAGCGUGUUUUAGUGGGGCCAGAAGCUGGACUGACAAGAGAUUCAGUUAGAGCUGAGUUCGAAUAUCAUGGAAGAACCAUCUACAUGGUUGACACUGCAGGUUGGCUGCAGCGGACAAAUCAGGAGAAGGGACCAGCAUCGCUAAGCAUUAUGCAAUCAAGAAAAAACCUAAUGAGGGCCCAUGUAGUUGCUUUAGUCCUAGAUGCUGAAGAGAUUGCUAAUGCUAGGAGAACAAUGAAGCAUGAUGAAGUAGUCAUAGCAAGGAGAGCUGUGGAAGAAGGACGUGGUUUGAUUGUUGUGGUGAACAAGAUGGACCUUUUGAGAAAUUCUAGGUCAUAUGAGAGUGUCAUCAAGGCUGUUCCUGAAGAAGUUCAGACUGUUAUACCGCAGGUAACAGGAAUUCCUGUUGUGUUUGUUUCAGCAUUGGAGGGAAGGGGCCGGAUAGCUGUAAUGGAUCAGGUGAUUGAUACCUAUGAAAAAUGGUGUUUAAGGUUGCCAACUGCUCGUCUUAAUCGAUGGCUACGGAAGGUUAUGAGCAGGCAUUCUUGGAAGGAUUCGGCUUCUCAGCCCAAGAUCAAGUAUUUCACUCAAGUGAAAGCGAGACCACCUACCUUUGUUGCUUUUGUGAGUGGAAAGAAACAGCUGGCAGAUUCUGAACUAAGAUUUCUCACUCGAUCUCUGAAGGAAGAUUUUGAUUUGGGCGGCAUUCCUGUACGUGUCAUGCAGCGAGCUAUUGUGAAACCUAAUUCAGAAAGUAGUGGUAACAACAAGAGAACGGAAUACACUGGUAAAACUGUUGAAAGGGUGGUGUCAGAUAAGAGAGCUACUAUCAUACCUGAAGAAUCGGAAGCAGUCUAAAAUUUAAGGAUUGUCUUUUCAAAUGAAAAGAGGAGCAAAUAUCUUCACAUGUUUAUACUACUGCCAUCUAAUUAAUGAGUUGAUGUAAAAUAGUUUGUAUGGUCAUAUCCGAAUGAAUAUAAUUAGAGCCCAGGAGGAUGCUUUAGAAAGAAAUGGUGUCCAUCUUGGUCAGUAGGAUCAUUCCUGGUCUUAUUACCAAGCUGCGGCAUGACAAACAGUAUGUAUGUGUCCUCGUGGUUCUGUAGUUAGAGUAGAGAUGACUAAUUAGCUGCCAAACAAUAGUAGUUAUCAAUACAGCACAGAGAAACUUAGACUCUUUUUUUUUUUGUAAAAUUUGUACAUUUGCAGGAAACGCCUCCUGAUCUUUUGACAGAGUAAGCAGCAAAGCAACGAAAGUGGAUUCUCUAGA